AUGAAGACGUCUCGUAAAUGCAGGACACUUCUGUCGGUUACCUUGAACUUUUUCGCCCUGUUUUUCUCCAUCACCGCGUUCACGACGAACUACUGGUGUGUGGGGACUCAGAGAGUGCCCAAGCCGAAGUGCAGCAAGCUGCGGACGCACCAGUGUAUAGACUAUGGAGUGAAUGAGACAGACCCGAAUAAAGUGGUGUACAGCUGGGAGACCGGGGACGACCGGUUCCUUUUCCGCCAGUUCCACACCGGCAUCUGGUACUCAUGUGAGGAGAACAUCGACGAUGAAAGUGAGAGGUGCCGAAGCUUCAUUGAUUUGGCUCCUCCAUCAGAGAAAGGGAUGCUGUGGCUGUCACUGAUCUCUGAGUUGUUAUACAUUGUUCUGCUGCUGGUGGGCUUCAGCCUCAUGUGUUUAGAGCUCGUCCACUCCAGCAACGUCAUUGAUGGACUCAAGCUCAAUGCCUUCGCUGCUGUCUUCACUGUGCUCUCAGGUCUUCUCGGCAUGGUGGCUCAUGUGAUGUACACACAGGUCUUCCAGGUGACCGUCAGUCUCGGCCCACCUGACUGGAGACCUUACAACUGGGACUAUGGCUGGUCCUUCUGCAUGGCCUGGGCGUCAUUCACCUUCUGUAUGGGUGCAUCAGUCACCACUUUAAACUCCUACACAAAGACCGUCAUCGAGUUCAGGCACAAGCGCAAGACCUUUGAGCAAAGCAUCCGGGAAGAGCAUGCGCAGGAGGCUUUUGGAUAUUUCCGGGAACGCUCUCUGCACUCCAUCUCCAAAACUGUGGAAGUUUAUUCCAGUCAGACCCUGAACAGCGGCCGGAAAACUCCCAUACCUGCCGACUCCUUGGAUCUGAGUGACAUUCAGGUGUCUUUAGGGGAAGAACAGUGCUGA